AUGUUCCGCAGGUCAAAGAAAGGCGGACACAGAAGGUGGUACCAAUUGGGAGAGGGUGGUACUGCACUUAGUGAGGGUGCUGCACAGAGUGAGGGUGCUGCACAGAGUGAGGGUGCUGCACAGAGUCAGGGUGCUGCACAGAGUCAGGGUGCUGCACAGAGUCAGGGUGCUGCACAGAGUGAGGGUGCUGCACAGAGUGAGGGUGCUGCACAGAGUGAGGGUGCUGCACAGAGUGAGGGCGCUGCACAGAGUGAGGGUGCUGCACAGAGUGAGGGCGCUGCACAGAGUGAGGGUGCUGCACAGAGUGAGGGUGCUGCACAGAGUGAGGGCGCUGCACAGAGUGAGGGUGCUGCACAGAGUGAGGGUGCUGCACAGAGUGAGGGUGCUGCACAGAGUGAGGGUGCUACACAGAGUGAGGGUGCUGCACAGAGUGAGGGUGCUGCACAGAGUGAGGGUGCUGCACAGAGUGAGGGUGCUGCACAGAGUGAGGGCGCUGCACAGAGUGAGGGUGCUGCACAGAGUGAGGGUGCUGCAUCGAGUGAGGGUGCUGAACAUAGUGAGGGUGCUGCACAGAGUGAGGGUGCUGCACAGAGUGAGGGUUACGUACCAUAA